AUACCUGUAUAAUAUUUGUAAAACACAGGAUACUCAUGUAAUAAUUUCAUUAGUUCAAGGGGUACACGUGAAAACUAAGUGUAAAAAAAAAUCAAUUUUAAUAACUAACUGUCAAUUAAAGAAGUCAUAUAGUAGGGGAGGCUAAGGUAUUGAUUUUAAAGUUGUUAUAAUUAGUUCUAACGUUUAAAAUCAGGUAUUUAUUUACUUUUUGUAUUCGUUGAUGUUAUUAUUUCAGGGAGAGCAUCCUUUCCAUAAUUAUACUGUUCGAUCUAAGUACAGGAAAAAAUACCAAGUAAGGCAAUUAUCUGGAAGUGAUGUCAUGUCAGACAGAUUAGGAUCAUCUAGUUUGGCAUCAGGUUGUGAAUCAGAGGGUGAGGACAGUGAUGAUUAUGAUUUUGAGGGCGGCAUUCCAACCACAUUAAGUGAUAAGGAAGAGAGCCACAAGCCUCCAGAGUCUAGUGAAUCCAAUGGCUUGAGUAGUCAAAAUUCUAAUGUUCUAGUUCGUGCAAGAUGGCUACACCAACCAGAUGAGAAAGAUAGAUUAAAUGCUUCCCAUUUCAGAAAUGUUUUUCGUUGUUCUUGUGGGAAGUUGGAAACAUCUCUGGGAUAUGAUUAUGUAGAGAUCCAUAUAUGGGGGGACUCUUUCAUGUUACAUCAAAUACGCAAGAUGGUUGGGACUGCGGUGGCUGUAAAGCGCAAGUUAAUUCCAAAAGAUAUCGUUCUGUUGUCACUCAAUAAGUUUUCUCGGAUUGUCCUCCCACUUGCUCCACCGGAAGUUCUGAUUUUGAGGGGAAAUGCUUUCAAAAUGAGAUCAAGUGCUGGAAACUUUACACGGCAAGAAAUGGUGUCUAUGGUUGAAUCAGAACAAAUUCUCAAAGCAGUUGAUGAGUUCUACACUGGUGUUGUGUUGCCUGAAGUUUCAAAGUUCCUAGACUCAUCAAACUCUCCUUGGGCAAAAUGGGUCGAGAAUUUGGAAAACUAUUCAAGCAUUCCAGAUGGUGAGUUGGAUGAAGUCAGAAAGGCUUGGAAGACUUGGAAGGAAAAUUUCAGGCUAAAAUCAGCAUCCGACACAAUGCAUGUAGACAUGUUGAAUCAUGGCUAAAUGGACGACUCACAAGCCAAGUCAAUGCACCACUCCAUCGUUCUCCAGAAAGGUAUGGCUUAUUCCAACUUUCCAGUUUCCACCAUAUGUUACAUGCACAGACUAUAAGAGAUAUGUGUAAUUUGAAUCAUUAAAAUAAGGUAAAAUGAGGAUGUAAUCGGAUAGGUUUCGUGAAAAUUGCAAAGAAAAGGAGGCAAAAACUCGUUUCUAUUUGUUAUAGCAGAAUUUUCUUACGUUCUAUUCAACAUAAAAUCAGUCCAUUAGGUUAAUUUGUUUUUUUAAGAUCAUAUAGCUAAAAUUUCAUAUUACAAGCUUCUUUUGGUAGAGACCACAACUAUUUUUUAUUGAAGACAAUUCUAUCCGACACUGGUACAAUCACUGGGAACUACAAAAUUCUCUUUUAAGAUUUAAUAUGAUUGUAUAUCUAAAAUUUAAACUUGAGAAAACUUGUCAUGUCGACCUACACUUUCAGUAGUUCAUUUCAUAUUAUUGAAUGAUUACAUAGUUACUUUGUCUCAAUGGAAUGAUUUAUUUAGAUAAACUAUUAUGUACCUACUAAAUUACUAGUAUUCAUAAACAUAACUGGUAGAAUUGAAUCAUCAUACUAAAAGGGUCCACUUUGUGAAUGGAUG